AGAGACGGUGGACAAGACAGCAUCAGAUGUGGUGUUUCCUGCUCACCCAGACCAACUGGGGGACUUCUCAGUGGAUCUGAAUGAGAUGGCUCAGAUCACCAUCCCAAUAGACCCUCUAUUGGGACUCGGUCAUGAGACCACUACACAACAGCUUUCACUGGUUCACAUGCUCUUCAGAAACAUUGAAGAUUUCUUACCCACCAACACUGCAGUGCUAAGCAACAGUAGGGCGGAGUCUCUGGUGUUGUCAUCUCAACUGGUUGGACUGAGUGAGGAUAAGAUCCCAGUUGAUUUGUUCAGGGACAACCCCAUAACACUCAACUUCUCCUUCACAGCAAAUUUUGAGAAGUCCAAUCUGUAUGUUGGAGUCUUUUGGGACUUUUCUGACCCGGUGGGUACUGGUGGGUGGAGCUCAGAGGGGACUCAGCUCAUUAGUAACAUGACGAGG